CCGGAGCAGCAGCCCAGCCGCAGCGAGCCGUCCGGGGCCGGGAAUGCCCCUCCGCCCGCUCGCAGGCUGAAGGAGCCCCCGGCUCUCUGCUCGCCACGGCCGGAGCCAUGCGGGCGGCCGGGCUGCUGCUGGCCUGGGCACUGCUGCAUCCCGCUGCCAGCCAGCAGUGCCACCCCUCCAGCCCCGGCGGCGUCCUGCGCUUCACCGACAGGCACGCCGAGAUCCGGGUGCCGGCGCUGCACCGCGUGCCCAGCCCGCUCGAUCCCCUCUACGGCCUCGUCCGGCGCUGCCUGGACCUCAUCCAGCAAAACCCGCUGCCCACAGAGCUGCUCAGGACAGCCCUGAAUGACCCCGGCUCGGUGCGGACGUCGCAGGUGGUGCAGUACGAGCUGGGCUAUGUCAUUUGUGCCGCCGUGGCUCUGCUCUUCACCGUGGCCGUGCCGGUGGCCGGGAUGUGCUUCUGCUACUGCCGGAGCCGGCGGCGGUGCGGGGGCCGCCUCCGCGCCCACCGGCGCUCGCUGGGCUGCCGCCGCCGCUGCCUGCUGGCCUGCCUGUCCUUCACCUCCCUCGUCAUCCUGAUCAGCGUCACCUGCGCCUUCGUCACCAGCCAGCGGGUGAAGGGGCAGAUGGAGCCGGGGCUGGGGGCUGUGCCCUCCACCCUGCGCACGCUGCGACAGCACCUUGCCCAUGUCCCCCAGGGGGUGCAGAUGGUGGUGGACAAGUUCGAGGUGCCUCGAAAGCAGAUAAUCUCCGACCUGGGUGGGCUCAGCAGGAGCGUGGGGCUCUCCAUCCACGGGCAGCUCAAGGCCAUGACCUACGCGGCGCUGGCGGACCUGCAGGACAGGGCCGGAGACCUACAGACCUCGCUGCACCAUUUACAGAUUCUGCACAGGACGGCGCGGGCGCUGGCGGCGGCGCGGGCCGAGCUGGAGCCGGCGCUGCGGGAACGAAGGCGCCGCGUGGUCGCGCUCCUGGACGACCCGCGCUGCACCUCCUGCGCCAGCGUCCUGGGCAGGGCACAGGGCCUGGAGCUGGGCGCCGACUACGGCAAGGUGCCGUCGGUGGAGAAGGUGCUGAAGGCGCUGGCCGGUCUGCCCCGAAGUGACUUUGCGGAGAUGAUUCGCCAGGGCAAUGGCACCUUCAACUCCAUCCCGGAGCUGGCCGUGGAGAGGAUGGCGCAGGUCAUCCAGGAUCUGCGGGGCGAUUUGGCCCGCACGGCGGAGAAGGUGCAGUCCAUCGCCGAUGGCUUCCCCCUCCCCGACUACACGCGGCCCGUGAGCGAGGCGCUGCUGAAGGCGGAGGAGCGGAGCCAGCCGUACCUGCGGGAGGCGGAGCGCUUCGAGCGGUACAGGUGGAUCGCGGGCACGGUGCUGUGCUCCAUCAUCCUCCUCAUCCUCGCCUGCAACGUGACGGGAAUGGCCCUGGGGGCGUACGGGCUUUCCAAGCGGGAGGACCCCAGCGACUACGAGUGCCGAGGAGAAGCUGGCGCCAAGUUCCUCCUGGUCGGCGUGGGCUUGGCUUUCCUGUUCUCCUGGCUCCUCAUCCUCCUGGUUUUCGCCACCUUCCUGGUCGGGGGUAACAUCCAGACGCUGGUUUGCAGGAAUUGGGUCAACCAGGAGAUUUAUAAGUUCAUCGACACCCCCGGGAAUCUCCCUCCGUCCAUGAACGUCACCCACCAUCUCAACCUCAGGAGGGACUCCAACCUCAGCUCCGCGUACCGGGAGUGCAAGAGCGGCGCGGGGCUCUGGGAGGUGCUGCAGCUCGACAGGUCCUACGACCUGGACGAGCACCUGAGAACCCCCAAGUACGCGGCUGAUUUCCAAAAACGCCUGGGCGACUUCACGGCGAACCUGGGAGACGUGCGGCUCCUCCGCAGCGAGGGCAGGCAGGACCUGGAGAACUUCGCCCGCAGCGGGGUGGACGAGGUGGACUACGGGCGCUUCCAGGAGGAGAUGAAAAACCCCGUGGUGCAGACCAGCCUGCCCGGCUUGGCGAGGAACCUCGAGGGGCUGCAGAAAAUGCAGAGGAACAGCACGGUGGCCGGGCGGCUCGCAGCAGAGGCGCGGGCGCUGUGGCACAUGCAGAACUCCACGGUGCAGUCGCAGGAGGCUUUGGUGGCAAAGCUGGGGGAAAGCGUCCAGUUCCUCUCCCGCUUGGCACCGCACCUCAAGGAGCGGGUGAAGAGGACGCUGGCCACCACGGCUUCGGUGGAAGCCCGGCUGCCCGUGCAAGCCCAGCAGAUCCUCCGGCAGGAGCUCGGCUGCUUCACCAGGAAGGAGCUGAGGUAUUUCGCCCAGUACCUCAACUGGGUCGGGCAGACGCUGAGGGAGGACGUGGCUUCGUGCCAGCCGCUCGCCACGGCCCUGGACAACGGGCGGGUCAUCCUGUGCGACCGCAUCGCUGACCCCUGGAACGCCUUCUGGUUCAGCCUGGGCUGCUGCACCUUCUUCCUCAUCCCCAACAUCAUCUUCGCCGUCAGACUCACCAAACACUUCCGCCCCAUCCGCAACCGGCUCAUCUCCACGGGCUCGGAGGAGACCUGUCCCUUCCACAUCCCCCGUGUCACGGCGCUCAAGCUCUAGGACGGGGCUCUGCCGGGUGCGGUGUCCCAGGGGCUCCCACAAACCCGAGCCCGACCCUCCAGGGGCUCCCACCAACCCAAAGCACUGCAGGGCUCCGGAUCCCUCUGCCUCCUCUCAGGGUUUUGGAUCCCUCUGCCGUCUCUUUCUCGGUGUCCUUUGGGGCCUGGCGUCCUUCCCGGGUGUGGGGCACCCGGCGAUUUGGGAUCCCGGGGGUGCUGAGCGCCCGUCGGGGAUGCUCCCGGAGCCCGGCUGAUCCCGGCUGGGAGGGGAGGCUCCCCCGGCUCCCCCCACCCCUCUCACACCCUCAGGGAAGGGCGCCCGCCCCUGCCCCACGACAAUUCCUCAGCCCCAGGACCCCCGGGACCCCUGGUGGUGUGGGGCACAU